GUGCAGUGAACUUGACUAACUUUAGGACCCAACGGGAUCCUGCAGCAGUUGCCUGGGCUGUUUGAACCUCUACUACCGUAUGUAGUUCUACGCCUGACGCUGCUGUAUUAAAGCAAAACUAGUAAGUCUAAUUCUAACGGACACUGAACCUGAUCUUUCCCCAACAAAAGCAAAAAUCAACUGGGUGCAGCAGAAACCCCGUGAAAGCACCACAAGUCAAAAAGGGGAAACAGACAACUACAUCAACAAAAUGAAAACGGAGGGCACGGCAGAAGGAAUCGAAAGGUUCUCAAGCCCUGGCAAAGGCAGGGGACUGAGGGCAUUAACACACUAUAAAGUUGGAGAUUUGCUGUUUACGUGCCCGGCGUAUACUUAUGUGUUAACUGUCAGUGAGAGGGGGAAUCAUUGUGAGUUCUGCUUUGCAAGGAAAGAGGGGCUUUCCAAGUGUGGGAAGUGCAAACAAGCGUUCUACUGCAACGUUGACUGCCAGAGAGGGGACUGGCCGAUGCACAAGCUAGAAUGUUCAUCCAUGUGCAUUUUCAAGGAGAAUUGGGAUCCCUCAGAGACCGUCCGGCUUACAGCCAGAAUCAUUGCCAAGCAGAAAACACAGAUGGAAAAAACAGCAUCAGAGAAACUUCUAAAGGUGAUCGAGUUUGAAUCACAUCUGGAGAAGCUGGAUAAUGAGAAGAGAGAGCUGAUUCAGAGUGACAUUGAUGCCCUUCAUCACUUCUACUCCAAGCACUUGGAAUACCCAGAUAAUGCAGCUCUGGUGGUGCUCUUUGCACAGGUCAAUUGCAAUGGCUUUACAAUAGAGGAUGAAGAACUCUCCCAUUUGGGCUCUGCUGUUUUCCCAGAUGUUGCCCUGAUGAACCACAGCUGUUGCCCCAACGUGAUUGUCACUUACAAAGGGACCCUUGCAGAGGUCAGGGCUAUUCAGGAGAUCAAUGCUGGAGAUGAGGUCUUUACCAGCUAUAUUGAUCUGCUGUACCCCACCGACGACAGGAAUGACAGAUUGAAGGAUUCAUACUUUUUCAACUGCGAGUGCAAGGAGUGUGCCACCAAAGGAAAAGAUAAGGCAAAAAUGGAAACAAGGAAAAUGAAUGAGCCUCCACAACCUGAGACCAUCCGGGACAUGGUGAAGUAUGCCAGGAAUGUGAUCGAGGAGUUCCGGAGAGCCAAGCACUAUAAAACUCCUAGUGAUCUUCUGGAGAUCUGCGAGCUGAGUCUGGAUAAGAUGGGUGAUGCGUUUGAGGACACAAACGUGUACAUGCUGCACAUGAUGUACCAGGCAAUGGGGGUGUGCCUUUACAUGCAGGACUGGGAGGGAGCAUUGCGUUAUGGGGAGAAGAUCAUCAAACCCUACAGCAAGCAUUAUCCUCCCUACUCUCUAAAUGUGGCCUCCAUGUGGCUGAAGUUAGGAAGGCUGUAUAUAGGAUUGGAAAAGAAGUCUCUGGGAGUCAAAGCAUUAAAAAAGGCCAUAGCGAUUAUGGAGGUGGCCCAUGGAAAGGACCAUCAUUACAUAGCAGAGAUCAAGAAAGAGCUUGAAGAUCACUAAAUAAAAAUAACUUCCUUUUUUUUUCAAAUUAAAAAUACAAUUAUGGCCUGGUAACUUGUUAACCUUUUUCCUUGUAAUGCCAAUUGCUUUAUUUGUCAAAGAUUUCACUUUAGACUGGUGUGGUGAUGUUACUAAAACAAGGCCUUUGUAAAUUGUUACUAUAUUUAUUUGUUAUGAGGAAAGUAACUUUGUAACAUUUUUGUGGGAAACUUCCAGUUUGUUUUAACCAGUAAAUGGACCCUUUUUUCUUUUCUUUUUUUUUGUAAAUUCAACAUUUUUUUCUUUUUUUUUUUACCACAGGGCUAAUUUUUGUUAACCUUGGCAUGACAGUCAUGUAAAAUGCUAACACUGCCAAUGGUGAUCAGUCUGCUGUUUUGAAUGGCUAGUUGACCCCUUCCCUGUUUUGGUCUAAAAACAAAAAGGACAAUAGUAUAAUUGUGGAAUGACCUUCUGGCCCAGAUAAGUCCCAUAUGCUGGAAGGCCUGUGAUGAAGAGGUGGGCAGCAGUGUACAUUACCAAGAUAGUGCAGAUGGAUUAUUUUAAAUCACAAAAGAUACAGUUCUCUUGAAUUCAGGAGACAAGCUAAACCAGCCAAAACUUUAGUGACCUGUUCUUGCUGCAGGUUGGUUUGAUAGAAGGCAAAGGGUUAACAAUGGCAGGCAGCAUAUUCACAGUAAUGCUGUUAAUGUAUUUUUUGUACUGGCUAUAUGGCAUGAAGGUUAGUGGAUGCAUACAGUAGUUAUGUUUGAUUGUUGUUGUUUUUAUUUGUAUGUAUGUGCACUACAACAAUAAAAAAAUUGGAAUGAAAAACAAAAA